GUUCAUACAUAAUUAAAUUUUUUACGUUUUAAAUAAUUUUUGUUUGAACUCUUUUUUUGUUAAUAUUACCUAUAGUUGCUUAGUUUAAAAACUGAAUAAUCUUAAGGAUUAACUAUAUACAUAGUUUUCGUGAUGAAAAUCACGCAAGUGUUGUACAAACAGAAUAUUGGUCGCCUUAUAAAAUGGCAAUGGCGUGCCCAGCGUAAGAAGACAUUAAUUGAAACAAACGCUGAAAAAGUGCUUGCUGCUCGUAACAUACCUAUUAUAGAUUCUAAGCAGUUUUUAAAAGAACCUAUAUUUGAGGCUCAAAAACAAGAUAUCCAGCAGUUACUUGACAAUGUCAUUGGACCAGUGAAAUUACAACCUAAACUAAAUAACGCACAUCCAUUAUGGAAUUAUGAUCCAUGUUACGUGUAUGGUGAUCAUAAUGUCUUGGUUCGUGGGCUUGAUCAAGCUAAAGUUUUUACUAAUUCGAUUGAACCAGAAUCCGGGCUACCAAAAUAUUUUAAAGAUUUGUAUGAAGCAUACAGAUUACCUAAUCAAGACGAACAUGUUCAAAGAAUUAUUACAGCAUCACUUCUUUACGAUGCAGUACAAGAAAAACUACCUAUUAAAAAAGAUCCUAAAAGACCUGCCUGGAAAUUCCCAAGGGACUAUGGUAUUCCAGAUAGUAGACGUAACAAUUUAAUCGUAAGUCGACUAUUGCAAUUAUGUGAAUCGAGUGUCGGUAGUAUGAGUUCAAAUAAAUUGAUCGCCAAAGAUGUUUAUUUUAAAGUACCUCUGCAAAGAAAUGGAAAUAUAAGCCUGAAUGUUAGAGCUGAUUUAUUACUUUUAUCUGACUCUUAUUUAGCUCCUUAUGUUGAUGAAAUUCAAGGAGAACUGCCAGAUAUAUAUCCAUUAGAUUACAAAGUAUCAUUAGAAGAAAUUAAUAUUUAUCAUAAAGAUGAAUUUAUUUCACCUUUAAGUGGAAAAUUUAACAAUAUUCAUACAGCGUUUAUAUAUUAUAAUGAGACAGAGGUUAAGAAUUUAUAUGAAACCCCAGUAUUACAAUCACAAAUAUUUGGUCGAUCAUUGAUGAAGAGUUAUGCUUUUGCUGUUGCAAAUGCCAAAUCUAAAUAUGGUGAAAAUGUUAAAGAAUUAUCUGAACCUAUUACUUUGCAAUGUGUACAUACUAACUCUCAGUGGUUCCAUUUUUCUGUUUUCCAACUGAAUAGUUUGGCUGGCCCUGAAGAAAAUGGAAAGAAGAACAUUUAUUGGCAAGCACCAUUGUUCAAUUUGUUUGAAGAAUGUGUUUAUGAAGAUGGUGUACCAAUCUUAAAAGAUUAUAAUCAAGAAGUGUUUAAAAAUUUGUUGUCUUUUUAUAUGAAUGGUACUGAAUAUGAACUUAAGUAAUUGUAUUUGUUUUGUAAUUAUCUGUCAUGCAUUAAAAUGUCUAGUUUGUUGAAAAAAUUAAAAUAAUAUUUUUAUGUUUUAUUAAAACUAGUUUCAUGAAUGAA